AUGGAGGAUACGAUGAUGAUAUCGAGUGCUGGUUUUCGGCGUAUGUUUUACUUAAUGACACCAAAUGAAUCGUCAUUUAAGAAUGUGGAAGAUGUUCCUAGAUAUGUGGAUGAGGCACUUCCUGUAUUCAUGGUCCUGGCAAUGAUCGAGAUCCCGAUACUCUUCAUUCAAGGGAAGCCUCUCCCAAGAUUCAAUGAUACUUUCAGUUCUCUAGCUGCUGGAGUAAUCUCACAGUUUCACAGUUUGCUGUUCCGGGGUGUUGAAUUAGCCACCUAUAUCUGGGUGUACGAGCAUUGGAACGUCAUAUCCCUACCCUGGGACAAUCCAUGGACUUGGUUAUUUGGUCUGGUGUUUGUGGAUUUUGGAUACUAUAUAGUACACAGAACAGGCCAUGAGAUGAACAUCAUGUGGGCAGGCCACCAGACUCAUCACAGCUCUGAGGAUUACAACCUUGGUACUGCUCUACGCCAAUCAGCCGUUCACAGAUACUUUAAUUGGAUAUUCUACCUGCCAUUGGCUUUGGUUAUGCCUCCAUCUGUCUUUCUUGUUCACCUCCAGUUCAACUUACUCUACCAAUUUUGGAUCCAUACAGAGACAGUUAGAAGUACAGGCCCCCUAGAGUGGAUUCUGAAUACCCCAAGUCACCACCGAGUCCAUCAUGGCCGAAACCCUUACUGUAUUGACAAAAACUAUGGAGGUGUCUUUAUCAUAUUUGAUCGUUUGUUUGGGACUUUCCAAGCGGAGGAGGAGAAGGUUAUCUAUGGACUAGUACAUCCACUUCAGUCCUGGGAUCCUAUCAAUGCACAGUUCUGCCACUUAAAGUACAUAAUACAAAAAGUUCAAGAAGAAAAAGGAUUCAGCAACAAAAUGGGGGUCAUUUUUAAGGGUCCAGGCUGGUCGCCAGGGAAACCAUGGACAGGUUUGCCAGAGGAUAUCCCAGAGGUGAAGGAACCGGUGCAGAAGUUUGACAAAGACGUUCCACUCUGGACCAACCUGUAUAUAUUUCUACACUUUUUCUUUUUGAUCGUUGCCUCAGGAAUAGUAGCCAAAUUAAGGGAGGCUAUCUCACCAGUGUGGGUUGUGGCCUUUAUCCUGUACAUGCUGUCCUCACUGACAGUCUUUGGAGCUAUUUAUGAUAACAGGAGUUAUGCCCCUUUGGUUGAACUCUUUAGAUGUGGUGUGUUUCUUGUGGUGGCAAAUUUCACUCUUCCAAUGGCACCAUCCAUGGUUAACGUUGGUUAUGGCCUGUGCUUGAUUUAUGGUGCAUCUGCUUGUGUUUGGCUGUGUAUAAGUGCAAGGCAAAGUCUGCUAAAAGAGAAAGUGAAGACAUCAUGAGAUAUAUUUUCCUGAUGAAAAAAUUUAGACUUUGUAAUGAUAAUUCUGGUGAAGAAAGUCAAAAGAUCAGAAUGUCAAGCUUUGAGACAGAAGAGUUGAAACUUUUAAAUUCAUUCCAAAGAGAAAACUUCAUAUCACAUGACCCAAUAUUAUUCAUUCCUAAAAUUAUCAUUUACAAAAAUGUUCCUAACGAGAGGAUUUCACUUAUAAAACACAGUAUAAAGAUUUUAAGUCUUUUCCCAGAUAGGUCUCACAAUUCUGUUGUUGACUGAUUUUCUUUAACAGAAAUUCCCCUAGAGUUGAUGAAUGCAUGUUAAUUGCACCCAGAUUUCUUAUCUUUGCUGGGAUAUGCGAGUCAAAUGAAUUCCAAAACAUUAACCUGAAACCGAGAUUAAUUUGUUUGGACCUACCUGCUGCCUUGGACUUAAAUUUGCAGAUCUACUUUUUAUGCUACAGAAUUGAAAGAUCCAGGACAAAUUUUUUUGUACUGUCGUUUUGUUUGUCUUGUCAACUUUAACCUUGCCUAUAACUAUUGCACUGUAAGAGGUGAUGUAGGGCUUUCAUAUUUGGCACUUGCGUUCCUUGUCCUUGUGACAAGACCUUUCCAGUGGUACCACAAUUUUUGACCAUGUGACCUUGAUUGUGACAUGAUCUACAUUUAGAAAAUUGUGCAUGCAAUUAGCACAUGCCUUGCAAAGCAGUUUUAAUGUCCCAUUUCAGAAUUUUGUUGCAACCAGGGGCAUUGUGUUCCAUUAAUACAUCUUUAUUGAAUUUAUUUAUUUAAUUUGAAUUAAAAACA